UUUCUGAACCGGUGGACCUGCUCCGCCUCUCUCAUUCACAACCUCCACGUCACGCUCGGUUACAACACAAACCGUCUAAAGGUAGAGGAAGUGGCGGCUGAUCGGGGUCCGCACCUUUUCCGGUUCCACCGCUGAGACUAAACGGCUGACACGGAGGGAGAGGCACGGUGAGCUGGAGGAGCGGAGAGGGAGCGGGGCGUGAUCUCCACAUGACACAGGGAGGAGAAAGUCGGGGGAAUCAAUGAGCUACGAAGCGGUACUCCUCUGGAUGUCCCGCCACAGAACCGGAACGGGCGGGUUCUAAUCCCUGGAGUGUUUAUUCUUUUUUUUUUCCUUCCCUCGCGAGGAAAAAAGAGCGCGUGAAAUUUCUCGAGAGAAAAAAAAGCCAAGAGUGGCAGUCAACGUGAGGAGGAAGUCUAAAGCCCGGGUCUUGGCCUGGUUCAUGAGGUGCGCCUCUAGAGUUCACACAGCCAGUUACAUAAAAGUGGGUUUGGUGACAGGAGCAGCCUGUCUCAGAUGGGAAGUUAAGUUUCCACCAAAAAAAGAGGAGAUGGUUUAAAAGGAGGCGGCAGAUCAUGAUCCUACCUCCCUGCCCAGGCCUCCACCUGCUACCGAUUCUGCCCAAACGGACCUUUCCCUGUGAAUUCUGACCCCUCUACAUCCACACAGCCAAACUGCCGCUCCUCAUUCACUAGAGUCUGAAAGUAUUUAUGCGGAGCCAGCAAGAUGGGGAAGAUGCUUUCCAAGAUCUUCGGCAACAAGGAGAUGAGAAUACUGAUGCUCGGACUUGAUGCCGCCGGGAAGACGACUAUCCUGUACAAGCUUAAACUGGGCCAGUCGGUCACCACCAUCCCCACCGUUGGCUUCAACGUGGAAACCGUCACCUACAAGAACGUCAAGUUCAACGUGUGGGACGUGGGCGGGCAGGACAAGAUCCGCCCCCUUUGGAGACACUACUAUACCGGCACGCAGGGCCUCAUCUUCGUGGUGGACUGCGCUGACCGUGACCGGAUCGAUGAGGCCCGGCAGGAGCUCCACCGCAUCAUCAACGACCGGGAAAUGCGGGACGCCAUCAUCCUGAUCUUCGCCAACAAGCAGGACCUGCCGGACGCUAUGAAGCCCCACGAGAUCCAGGAGAAACUGGGUCUGACCCGCAUCCGCGAUAGGAAUUGGUACGUUCAACCCUCGUGCGCGACGACGGGGGACGGACUGUACGAGGGCCUCACCUGGCUCACAUCAAACUACAAAUCCUAAUGUUUCCUCAACUCACCAGCGUGUACACAGGAAGUAGCUGAAAAAAGUGUUACGAAAUGCAAUUUAAAGCCAUGAGAACUUUCAUUUUUGCUGAAAAUGUUACAGAGUAGCAACUUUUCCUUUUUUCUUUUUUUUUUUGAUAAUCACUUAAUUUUUAACUCCAGAUUUCAACUUCUUUUAUGUCAUUUUGCUUUGUCUUGUAUAAUCGGCACUGUUGAAGUAUCCAUUAAGCUUUGGUUUGAGGUAUACUGUCAAUUCUUUUUGGUUGGUUUUGUUCUUGGUGGCGUCACAUUUGCAGCUCCUACAUUGCUUUUAUUCAUCAAAAAGGUACAAUAAAAACAGCUACUAACCCAAAGGACAGAUGAUUGACAUGCUCUGUGGACUUUAGAAGGACGUGUGACGUAGGCGGCAUGGACGACCUUGGACCUGUAACGCUAGAUCGAUGAGGAGAUCCGGCACUUCUGAUGCUUUGAUCCACAAAGUCCGCUCGGGGACGCCUCACUGUGACUCGUAUUUAAGCGGUUCCGGGUUCAGCACCUGUUGCUUCCACCAUCAUUCCUGUGUUUUGCCUCGUUUUGGGAUGAUGCAGUAAGGGAACAAAUCCCUUACUCUUGUUAUAACACUUCAAACACCGCUUGUUAUCUUUAAUUUUCACUUCUUUUUUUUCUUUUCUUUUUUACCCUUUUGCUUUGCUGUUGAUUAUAAUAAAAGAAAUGUAUCCAGAUCA